AUGGAAAGUACCGACAUUUCAGUUAGCAGCGGAAAUUGUGGAAGCAGUGAUAAAAUGUGGAUUGAAAUGCCAGAAAGGGGUCAACCGAUCAUUGAAGCUGAGUCGGCAGCAAAUAAUUGUAAUCCUGGGGAAGUUAUUCUGACUAAAAGCACUUGGCAAUAUGUCCUACCGAGUAAUUAUGAAUAUCUUCCCGUAGAUUCAGAUAAUGUCAAAAUUAUAAACGAGAUUGGACUUUCAAAAUUGGAGAGGAGAAUUCCAAAUAAAAGUAAAGAUGAAAAAAUUUCAAUUACACAUAUGACAACUAGUAAAGAACCAACAUCCAAUCCAUAUAGAUCUUCUAUAAACGAUGCUGUAACUCUAAAAAUAGGCGACAAAUUAUCAACAUUUUUGAUACCACUACUCACUUCUGAAAUUGAAAAGCACCGUGCUCUAGAAUUGCUGACUCAGAUACAGAAAGUGUCAAUUUUAUCAAUAAAUAUUACUCCUGUAAAAAGUAAAACUCAAGAAAUAGUCAAUUUAAGUGACAAAUGCUUUCAUGCUCUCUACAAAUUGACAGAAAAAUAUCUUGGAAUUAUCAAAACAGUCAAGGUCUAUCCAAAAAGAAUAUUUUUUUCGGUGUACUUUGGUUUCUCACCAGAUAAUCAUUUUCUUCAUGAAAAUAGUUUGAUUUGCGCAGAAAAGUAUCGGAUGAUCUUGAGCAACAUUGAAGAUAUAGUGAAAUUAUCCAUGGGAAUUUCUACAGGAAUGGUAUUUUGUGGAGUGAUUGGUCACACAAUAAGACAAACUUUUACCUGUACAGGUUUAUCGUGUGAAAAAUCUAAAAAAAUCGCUACUGUUGCUAACCAAUAUGUUAAUUGUGAUUUUGACACAGUACUGUAUAGUAAUUUACCAAGAAAAAAUUUUCGUUUACGCAGCGUCAAAGGAAUCACUGGCUUUGGAAAAUUUAAUAUUUAUGAGUUUCAUCAAUUGGACGAAAAAGAGAGUUUGGUCAGCAGAAAAAUUGAUAAAAUUUAUCCAAUUAUCGGAUGUUUUGAUAAAUUAGAAAAAUUAACUGAUAUCCUGGAUGAUAUUUGUGUUCCUAGUCGAAAUUACUGCGGAGUUCUUAUUGAAGGUUCUGACAGUGCUGGAAAAUCUAGACUGCUUGAUGAGUGCGUUCUAAUAGCAAAAUCCCGUCAAAUAUCAACUUGCACUGUUUCGUUGAAUUUUUUAAACACCACAAGAGCUUACAAUACUAUUUAUUAUAUUUUAUUAGAAAUAUUCCAAAUCCACGAUUGUUACUCCGUCGAGGAGAGAAAGAAGAGCCUAAUAAAAAAAAUUGGAAACAUUAUCCCGUUAAGUAAAUUCUGCUAUCUUAAUGUCCUUUUUAAUGUUGAUUUCACCCAUUCGUCAACUUUUCUGUCAGAAAAUGAAGAGCAGCAUAUUUCUAAAACCCUUACCCUUUUUGAUAAACUAUUAGGAUCAGUCCAAAAACCCACGGGUAUUUUUAUUGACGAUAUCCAUUUCAUGGAUUUGGAAUCUUGGGCUUUUGUAACUCGGAUUAUGAAUUGUAACAAUUUCUUUUUGGCAAUGACCAUUGACAAUUUUAAAUCAAUAUCUUCAAACCAUUAUAAUGAUUCUAGACUUUUUAAAUUUACGCUUAAUGGAUUUGAUUCUAAAGAAAUGGGUAUUUUAAUUUGUCAGUUUCUCAAUGUUCAUGCAAUUUCUGAAAAAAUUGACAAAAUUCUAAACAAUGCAAAUUGGAUGAAUGCAGGUUGGUUGGAGGCUUUCAUAUCUCUAGUACUCGAAAGAAAGUGGUUUGAAUUUUAUUUUCGUGGUGGAAAAGUAAAUUUCCAAGACCUGAUUUCACCUCCACUUGUUUCUGUCAUUAAAGUGCCAUACGGUGUCUUCCCCGAAGAGAUAAAUCCUCAUCUUCCGCAAGAUAAAUUUCAUGUUUUAGAUAUUAAGUCUACAUCUAUAAACAGCCAGUUUAUUAGAGAUGACACUUAUCUCGACAUUGAAACUUUAUACAAAAAAUUGUUCCACAAACUCACAUCUUAUGAACAAAGUGUAUUAAGAUCAGCAGCUGUGCUCGGGGAUAUUUUUACGAGAGAAACACUCGAGAAUGUAACACCAAAUUCAAUGGACUUUCACACAGCUAGAGAUGUAGCUGUCAGAGAUGAGCAGUUACCCAGUUACGCUGGUUGCAAAUUACUUGAGUUCAAGGUAAAGGCCUUUCGUCGGUUUGUUUAUGAGCAAAUAUUGCCUAGUCAGAAGAGAGAAUUACAUUCAAGAGCUGUCGAGAUUUAUGAACGACAAGCUAAAACUUGUAUUUCGUGUGGUGGUGGAUCUUUUUUAAAUGCUUUGGGUGUUGUACAAGGGAUUGGAACUGAUGCAAGAGCAUUAAGACCAUCUAUAGUUAGAAGAUCUUUGUCUAGAGAUGCCAUUUAUUUUAGUAAAUUCAAAUUUCGAAGACGUAGUUCAUCGACUGAAAGUCCUAAUCAAGAAGGAAUUCAUCAUCAGAAAAUUUCAAUUUUACCAACUCACUCUAAAGAUCAACAUGAAUCUCAAUAUUCUUCAGAUGAACUAUCAACACCUUCUGACAAAAGAAAUUUAACUAAAUCUGAGUUACUUUUGCUGAAGAAAAGUGAUCCUUCAAGACGAUCACAGUUGAAGAAAUUUAGCCUGAUCGAUUUUAGAAAUUGCGAUUGUGAAAAUGUGUUGAAUGGAGUUUUCCAAGAACUUUUAUGGCAUCUUCAGCACACUGGUUGA